GACGUUGACAGUUCUUUCAGCCUUCAAAACCUGAAAUUUGUCAAUAAAAAUGAUUCAUUUUUGUUGAUUUCUUUUUCCUUUUUGUUUCUUCCUACACAUUUAAGAACAUUUUAUGUCUGGCAGUGAAAGCGAGGAUAUCGACACCGUCUCAGAAACAACCAGACUGAUGGACGGCCAUGUCGCUACGAACAGUGGAAAUAAUCCUUUGGAAGUGAAAAAUGAGGUGCCCAAAAGGCGAAGUAGAAAAAUCGAGCCAUCCAGUCCGGUCACAGAGUCCGAGCCUGGGACGCCCCCGCCAAACGUCAAUGAUGAGAUACAACGGUUAAACGAUGAGGAAGAACUGAAGUAUGGGGCGAAACAUGUCAUUAAAUUAUUUGCUCCCGUAUCUCUAUGUAUGGUAGUGGUGGUAGCUACAAUCAAUUCAGUAAAUUUCUACUCUGUAAAAGACAUAUACUUUGUAUACACUCCAUUCCAUGAAGAAAGUCCAGACAGAAGUACGAAAGCAUGGAAUGCAGUAGCGAAUUCUCUUAUAUUAAUGUCCGUUAUUGUUGUAAUGACAAUAGUUUUAAUUUUACUAUAUAAAUAUAGAUGGUAUAAAGUUAUACACGGAUGGCUCAUAGUGUCGUCCUUAAUGUUACUGUCCGUUUUUAGUUAUUUAUAUUUAGAAGAAGUAUUGAGGGCUUACAAUAUUCCAAUGGACUAUAUAACUUUGGUAGUGUUGAUGUGGAACUUUGGUGUGAUGGGAAUGAUAUGCAUUCACUGGCAAGGUCCCCUUUUACUGCAACAGGCCUAUCUGAUUUUUAUUGCCGCACUAAUGGCUCUAGUUUUUAUCAAAUAUCUUCCGGAAUGGACUACAUGGGCUGUUUUGGCUGUUAUCUCGAUUUGGGAUUUAAUAGCUGUAUUAACUCCAAAAGGUCCUUUAAGGAUUUUAGUUGAGACUGCUCAAGAAAGAAACGAACCUAUAUUCCCAGCUCUGAUAUAUUCUUCUACAUACAUGUAUACAGCGAUGGCCGCUCCUGAUAACGAGCAACCGAACCAAUCAGAGAGUGAAAAUCAUGGUUUUACUCAAGAAUGGGUUAAUAACCAUGCAAAUAGAGUUGCAAGGAGACAACUAGAGGUACAUGAAGCCCCCGGUGGUGAAAUAAGAACUCAGAUCCUUGAACAGCACGAAAUAAUGCAUGAUGAAGAAGAAAGGGGUGUUAAGUUGGGACUGGGGGAUUUUAUAUUUUACAGUGUACUAGUUGGAAAAGCUUCGUCGUAUGGAGACUGGAACACUACACUUGCUUGUUUCAUUGCCAUUUUAAUAGGUUUGUGUCUGACACUUCUUCUGUUGGCCAUAUUCAGAAAAGCCCUUCCUGCCCUACCAAUAUCUAUCACGUUUGGUCUCGUUUUCUAUUUUGCAACCAAAGAAAUAGUCAGCCCCUUCGCGGAUAGUCUGUCCAGCGAACAGGUUUUUAUUUAAGUAAUUCCCUAUUUUUAUAUUGUUUGUAUUUUUAAAAAAGUUAUUUCAAGAGAGAUAACAUUACUAAUUUGAAAAUUAUUUAUUUUAAUUCGGUUUUAAUCAUGCUGUACCUUUUUCCCCCUACAGACUGCGUUAAAAUUUUUAUAUCCUAUAAUAUGUGUAAUAAAAUAAUGAUAAGAUUAAAAAAAUAAAGGCAUGGCA